AUGGAGACAGUCGAGGUUGACGAGGGCACCGAUGAACCGGAUGGUAAUAGACUUUCUAUGGCAAUAGAUGCGGCAUAUAGAGUAAUGGAUUCGGUAAAGUCUUGGGGAAAGUGUGAUGAGGAAUGUGCAUUGUGUGAUAUGGAUGUGUGUAUAUCUACAUCAUACGAUGUGGUAGAGAUAUAUUGCCAUUUGCUUGCGUGCGUAUCAGAUCAUGUGCUGGAGGUUUCUCCAAUUGCAUUUGAGGAUUUUUUUGUUUUUGAGGUUUUUGUGCUUGAUCAGAUUUGUGAGAGAGAGGUAUUUGAUGUCAGACGCAUUCUUGAGACAACAGAUUGCCAUAGAAAUGUGAAUUAUAGGGUCGAAUAUACUUGCAAUCAAAGGAGGAUCCUUGAGCUUGUCAACAGAUGUUUUCCAGGUGAGAUGAUAAACAUCCAGUGUGAGCAAGUGUUUGAGUCGUUGAUGUACAAGGUUUACAGUAAGUACAGUGAGUCUGGUAUUCAAUGUGUUUCUUCCAAGGAUUUAGAGCUAUUGCUAAUUGUCUUGUUCAGGAGGAUUGAGUCAUCAAGGUUUUUCAAGGUGCUGAACUCGACAGAAAGGACACAAGGAAUGAUGAUGUUGGGUAUUUUACUGGCACUGAAGGAAGAUAAUAACACUCUAGUAGAUAAACUACAGAAAGAAAUGAUUUUUAUUGAUGAAUCGUUAGAAAGCCAUUUUGUGGAAAGUAUGGGACUGAUAAACAUGGCGAUUGAUGUAAACCAAGUCUUGCUUACUGAAAAUAUGGAUGAAUGGAUAACGCACAGAAAGGAGGAGAUGAAUUGGGAGGAAAGAGUGCAUUUCUGGGCUUUAAACCGGGAUGGCUCGUGCGAGUCGUUGAACAAAUCGAUGAUGAGUCUUUGUAUUAAGCAUAGGAAGUAUGAUGAUGGAUGGGCUAUUUAUUGUAAGGGAUGUAAGAAGACAUCGGAUGUGAUUCACAAGGGCUGUAUUCUGGCUCUGAAUGCAUUGAAGGAAACAGAUGACCAGAAGUGGAUUUUAAGGUUAUUUGAGACUGUAGAGGAGUCUUUUAGUAGUGGAGAAGGAGAGGCAGGAUAUAUUGCAGCAAAUGAUGUAUUGAAGAAUUUGUCAUGCUUUACUGAGAUUACAAGAGAUUUGGUUCUAAAAGAAUUUGUUCUACGAAUGGAUUUUCUGGAAAGAAAUGAGCAGAUUGUGAACCUUAUGAUACGAGAGCUUGUUGAGCUAUGCAAAGAUUAUGAAAAUGAUCAAGAUCAUGCACAGUAUGGAGAAUACACAAGUCUAAUAUAUGGAAAAUGGAAAGCGAACAAGAUCAAUGGAAAGUAUGUAAUCGGAGGAAGUGAAGAAGUUGAAUCUGAAAUGUACUUGAAUGUGUUGAGUGUGUUUGAUUGCUUGUGUGAUAGAAAUAAGAUACUUGAAGUUCUUGGAGACAUUGUGAAUAGCAAUAUGAAGAUUACAAAAGAGCUUUCACUUAAGAUGCAAGCCAUUAGCAAGAUAAAUUUGGGAUCUAUUGAAGUAGAUUCAUCAUCCUUGGAGCAGUAUGCUGUGCUUGAAAGGUUGAUGUCAUUGGCUCUCCAAAAGCAUUAA